AUGGCUGCUACACCAUCCGCGUCGCCGAACAUCACACCGCCUGAUCUCUCCGAGAAAGCGAUGCAGAGAAUUGUCUCGGCUGUGUCACAGGCCGUCAUCGCGUCGUUUGGGGCAAGUCAACCAACUCUCCCGGCACCUCCGUCCAUGGAACCAGAACAGAGAGAAGUACCUCUAGUUGUAGGGUCCGAUAAUAUUCGUAAUUUAGCAGAUGCUACCACUAUGCAUGGGCCGGUAGCAUCUGCUUUGCAUCACAUAACAG